UGUACCUGGGUUCUGCAAAUAAUAACAAGGCAUCAACAGCACUUGGCUUCUUCAUGAGCUCAGUUGAAAAGUUUGGCUUUCCAUUAAGAGUUAGAGGAGACCAAGGGGUCGAAAAUGUUGGCAUUGCUCAAUGCAUGUUCACUGUUCGUGGCUGUGGCAGAGCAAGCUACAUAUCGGGAAAAAGUGUGCAUAAUCAAAGGGUGGAGCGCUUAUGGCGUGAUGUGUGGAUGGCAGUAACAAGGGUAUAUUAUGAGCUACUUCAUGGUCUUGAAGAUGAGUGCCUGCUUGAUCCCUCCAACAGCCUUCAGUUAUUCUGUGCCCAGUACAUAUUUGUACCACGCCUCCAAAUGGACCUCAACACUUUUACAGUCGGGUGGGAUAACCAUCCUCUGCGAACGGAACAAAACCUGACUCCCAAUCAACUUUGGACCAUUGGAUUGCUCCAGUAUCCUGUGGCUGCUCCAGAGAAUCUAGAGGAUUUGCAAGAUCACUUUUUGGAUUUCAACCCUGACAGAGAAGAUGCUGCUGCUGCUGGUGGAGUAGUUCUACCACCCAUCCAGUGCCCUCUGGGGCCACAGGCUAUGGCUGGACUGAGGGCAGCCAUCAAUCCUAUCACUCCCUCUCAGGACAAUGGGAAAGACAUUUACAAGGCUGCGCUUGACUAUGUAACACUUCACUCAAACUUGGCAGGAUAACAUGCAGUCUGCAAUAUAAAUGUUCAACGUUUUUUGUGAUUUGAAAAAUGUUUUAUCUGAUUCUUACAAAUCAAAAUUGGAAUUGCUUGCAUGAAUAGGUAUUUGUGCAGAACUAUUGUGGGGAUGGUUUAGGAUAUAUGUUUUACUAUGCAGUAUAUAAACAACUCAGUCUGCCAUGGUAAAGAUAUCCACUUUUAUUCUGCUGUUACUUGUUUUAAACAACCAAAUAAACCUCCCACAACUUUCAACAGUUUUAAUUGGCUAAACUUCUAAAUCUAGUGUAUGCCGAUAUUUUAAACUGGCGUCUUAAAUACCAUUAGACA